AAUAAUUGUUCUCAACAUCUAUUUCAAAUUCUUUCAGAAGGUAUCGAUUUGAAGGUCGCUCCUUUUGCCGCGGUUCAUGAAAGCAUCGCGGUAGUGGGGGUGUCCGUAUCUAAAAGGACUUUUUUACUCUUCCUUUCCAUUCAUGAGGCUUGUGUCUUCUUCUCAUCACUUCAACUUCUACUCACGCUAGGCAUCAUUCAUACUCAGACGUCUUGAAACACUGAGGUGGCUAGAAACAACCGAUUCAAAAAGGAGGACUCGUGGCAUUUACAAAGUAGGACUUGUUCGGGCCCCUGGGAAAGGUUCUUUUGAAGAUUCAUUUGUCGAUCGGCAUCAGGCAGCCAAAUCUCAUUAAAAAAAAAACGACAAGAUGGCUUCGACCGAAGCUUCCAAGGCUCCAAACAAGGUAUACGGUACCUUCAGUAAGAUGCCUGCUAUUUCAGAAGGCGCUCGUGUCGAGAAACGCCCCCUAACCAGGCGCCAGCCUCCAGCAUCAUCCAAAUCUCGCAUCAUAUACGUGUCUUCAAGGACACCAUUCAUGGCUGUGGUCAAACGCGCCCGUAAACAGCUUGACGACUCACUUAAGACCACCGACGCAGCACCCAAGUACGCGUCCCUAUAUUCGCGUGUCGAGGCGCUGCGGCGAAAUAGAGGUGGAGAUGCAGACAGUGCUGCCGUGACACUCGCAGGAACGGGUAGAGCUAUUGAGAAGAUCCUCGCGGUCGCGAGUUGGUUUGAACAGGAGGGAGACUGUGAGGUGGAGAUCACAACAGGAACCGUCGGAGCCGUGGACGAUGUGGUCGCCAGUGGAGACGAGGAGGAUCAGAGUCGCCUGAGGAAGCUCAGUUGUCUGGAACUCCGGAUUAAGCUCAAGUGAGAUAGGUCCGUAGGCACGGCGAUAAGGAUUCAGGGACACGGCAGCAAGACUGUGUUGCAUCAGAUCUACAAGAGCAAAGUCCACGGCGUCCGAGUCGGAAUGCGCGGGUAUGCACAACGGCCACACAAAACAAGCCAAUCUGACAGUAUCGAGAUCUAAAUUGACUUCGAUGAUUGAGGAGUUGAGGGCUUGGGUGGGCCGCCGAUCCGGAUGAUUUGGGUCAGCUCGAGAGACAGUGAUUAUGAAUCAAUCAGCCAGAGCCAAACCAGAGGCCGUCUGACCUUCGGGCAUAUUCCUAAUAAGCAAUAGAAAUUGGUGUGACCGACUGAUCAAGAAUUGGUCCAGAAUAGCCGCCAAAGGAGGAGAAUGUUCUUGCUUGAUAAUGAUAUCUCCGAAACCCAUUCUCAUGACACCGUCGGUGUAUCAUGGUCCGAGUAAGAGACCGACGUGGGUACCGGAUGGAAUUACAUACACCAAAAUUGAGAUGGAAUGUCAGCUUGCCGUUAAAUAACGUUAUUUGGUUUUGAAUAGGCAGGUCAUUUAGUUCAUCACUACCCAAACAAAUGAGGAUUAGGGAAGAGAUGGGAAAGUCUCAACAUCCAAUGUCUACGCCGCUCAAUGCAUCGUCAUCAUCCGUCCAUUUCCUCCUAUUUGCUAACCGGGUCAAAAAUUGACUCGGCUGUUAAAGACCAACUCCUGUGGUGCGCCGAGGGACCCGCUAUCCAGUCAGGAUCCCUUAUGCAAUGCUAAAAAUGUCGUUUCUGUCAAGUCAAGUCAUUCGGAUCUUUCGCUUGCUGGUGAUUGAGAUUUUUUAUGUAACACGGUAGGCACUGCGUCUUGUGAUUAGGCACGCCCUUGUAAGAUGGGGACUAUGACUCAAGAAAGGGACUUACUCGAUAACCAAGUGCUCGCCACGCCAGGCACCACUGGCCACCCAUAAUCCACAGUUGACGAUUUCGGCGUAACGCUUGUCGGAUGUUUUGAACGUCGCGAACAUGCGGAAUCCGUAUCGUCGUGGGUCAAUGUCCUUGGGGGCCCGAGGGCUUAAUAGAGUAUCGAGAACAUCUGCAGGUCCUGAGAGAGAACCGCGAGUGCGCAUUUCAAGACUGACCAAUGAGUUAAAUCCCAAUUCAGUGACUUAUUAGAAUUCUGAAAACUUACAGUGCAGGCUGUUCAUCACUUGUUUGGACGACAAAGGCGCCCUCAACAAGCCUCAUGGGCCUGAAACCGCGUGCCUGGCCAAGAUCAUAUCCGCCUGCCUAUACACCACACAUAAGAUCGUCCUCAGUCAGCCACGAAUUGGAUAAAAGCGUAGAAUCUAGAAGGGGUCGGGCGGGCGUGUG